CGUUCAGUAUAAAAAAGGCCAAAGAUUGAAAGAGAGAGAGAGAGAGAGGGAAAAGAGAAAGAAGGUUUCUUGAUACUCGAAGCCAGCGAGAGAGAGAGAGAGAGAAUCCUUUUUGUUCGUUCUUUUGCGUGUAGAAUCGCGACUGUGAAAGAAAAUGGGAAAAUCGAAAGCGAGCAAAAAGCGCGCGAAAGACGUAGCCAACGACGUAAACGCGGCGGAGGUAGCCAUGGCGAAGGCGGUUCAGAGGUUGCAGGAAAUAUUCAGGGAACACUCCGAACAAGAGAUCCGUGCAGCGCUUCUAGAAUGCAAUAUGAACCAAAACUUCGCCAUCGAUCGUCUUCUUUCUCAGCAAGAGAGGAGUAAUGAGCAAGGAGCCAGUACUCAGUUACCUGAUUCAUCAUCUAGUAGCCUUGUUCCAAUUGUUCCAAGUCAAAGUGAUCUAACAAAUGGCGAAACCAGGAGUGUGCCAACUAGUUCGAAUGAAGCAGCUCCUUCCUUGCCUGUGCCAUCAUCUAGUGAUGUUGGUGAAACCAGGACUGUGCCAAUUAGUUCCAGCGAAGCAGUUCCUCCCUUGUCCGUGCCAUCUUCUAGUGAUGUUACAAAUGGUGUAACCAGGAGUGUGCCAAUUAGCUCCAAUGAAGCAGCUCCUUCUUUGCCUGUGCCAUCUUCUAGCAGUGCUAUAACAAACGGUGAAGCCAGGAGUGUACCAAUUACCUCGACUCGUCCCUUGUCCGUGCCAUCUUCUAGGCCUUUAUUACCAAACGUUAAACCUAAGAGACAAGAAACUAGGAUGAUAUCUGCUAUUGGGCCACCAAUGGCUGAAGUUUUGAGGGGUUUACAUGCACCACCAAAACAGAAUGUAACUAAAGCUCCUCUCAAGGCUGAUUCUCCCUUGAAGCCAGAUGCUACUAAUAAUCCAAUCUUUAACUCAUCUACUAAGUCUGGUGCUACUAGAAAUCCUCAACACUCAGCUUUUCCAAUGGCUACAAUGACUUCCAUGUCCACCGAUGGAUUUGGAACCUAUCCUAUCUCUGAACCACAUAUUAAUAAUCAACAAGCCAUGAACCGCUAUAACUCACUGGGUCAGGUUCCUUUAGAGCAGUAUGGUAAUGUGAUGAACUCUCCUUACUUGUGGCGCCAAGCACAGAACGAGAGAUACAACAUGCCAUCAUCAGCACCAUUUCAGCAACGUGGUGGUGGUAGUAACAUCAACACUUUGGCGCAUCAUGGUCAUAUGAUGAUGAGCUCUCCUCACACCUGGCCAGAACAGGACGGCACUUCCAUUUAUGAGUCUCUGAAUUCAGUGUUUGCUCCGUACAGAAACAGUACCUUGCCUCUGUCAGCUACCUCUAGUGUUCCUACUUAUCACGAUUCUGCUUACGGUGGUGGCAUGUUGAGUGGCAACUCAAGGUUUGGGUAUGAAGAUGUCUCAAGAAAUCAUUUGCCAUCAAACUCGAGUGGUGGUACCUCUACUAGUCCUUCCUCUCACGGUACUGAUUACGGUUUUGACAUGACGAGUGGUAACGCUGCGAACUCGAGGUUGGGGUAUGAAGAUAUCUCAAGACCUAUCUUGCCGUCAAGAACCUCUAGAGUUCCUUCAUCUCACGGUUCUGAUUACUACGGUCGUGACAUGUCGAGUGGUAAUGGUUCAAACUCGAGGUUGGGGUAUGAAGAUGUCUCAAGAAUUCACAUGCCAUCAAUUCAGGGUAGAAGCCUAUUUGAGUGGCGUGUGCAAGGAGAAGAUAGUUACAGAGCCAACCCGCCUCGUAGCCAACAGGAACGGGAGGCUUACUUUGAAAGAAUCGGAGCUGACUUAUUAGCAUCAUCUCUGGACCAAGAAUACAAUACACGUGUUCCAUCUGACCAAACCCAGCAACGGCCAAGAGACAAGUAGUGUAAAUCAACCAGCUCAGAACUGAUGACUUUCUUUCUAGUGUUUUAGCUUUCAUUAUAGGUACAAAAUAAUGCUUUUAGCCUUAGAAAAAAAAAACUCAAAUAACGUUUGUCCUGUGGUUCGAUAUCUUGCCAUCAUUUUUGUACUUCCAAUGUUUACAUGGCAACGAUUGAUUGUUUUCCUUUUAGUGGAAUAAUCAAAAAAUAAUAUACACGGCAAA